AUGGCUGUUGUGUCCACAGCCUCGGCCGCGGAAUCGUUUCCUGUCCGCAAAAAUUCCACCGCUAUUAAUUUAGACGACACGAUAGAAAGUGAAGAUGUCAACGGUAGUCCGAAAGUGAAGCUGGAAGCCGCGGAUAGCAAUGUUAGUUCCGGCACCUUGCGAGCGUCUGGCGGUGCAGCCGGCGCCGCCGCUAAGAAAACCGACAAGGAGAAAAAGAUUGGGCACCGUCGAGUCGACGAAGAAGGCCAAAUCACAUACAAGAAGAUCCAGACGUCACAAAUCAUGUCCUCUAUCCAGCUGGGAAUUGCGCACGCCGUUGGUUCCCUGGCUUCUAAGCCAGAGCGUAACUUGUUGAUGCAGGACUUCGCAGUGGUUGAGACGGUGUAUUUCGCCAAAGAAGGAUCCCAGCACACGCCUGCUCAUCAUAAUCAGGACUUUCACUUCAAAAUUUACGCCCCCAUGGCCUUUCGAUACUUCCGUGAUCUCUUCGGGAUCCAGCCCGACGACUUUUUGGCAAGUUACAUCCGAUCGUCGGGUCGGUCCUUUCAUGUUCUCGUACCGGAAGACGAAUCCCUUAAGAAAAAUUUCUCGCUUUUGUUUAUUAGAAGAGUCUCGAUGUGUGACUCCCCGUUGAAAGAGUUGUCGAAUGCUGGAGCCAGUGGCAGUAUAUUUUAUCUCACAAUUGAUGAUGAAUUCAUAGUAAAAACUGUGCAGCACAAGGAAGCCGAAUUUUUACAGAAGCUGUUGCCCGGUUAUUACAUGAAUCUGAAUCAAAAUCCCCGCACUUUGCUGCCGAAAUUUUUCGGCCUAUAUUGUUACCAGGUCGGUAUCAUAUCGAAUGAAUCUAAAUCCAUUGUUUUUAAAGAUGCCUUUUUUCUCGUUCAGUGCAACUCCAAAAAUGUUAGGCUCAUUGUGAUGAACAAUUUGUUGCCGUCAUCCAUCAGUUACCACCAGAAGUACGAUUUGAAGGGGUCUACGUACAAACGGAAGGCAAACAAGUACGAGAGGAACAAAAAAUCCCCGACGUUCAAAGAUUUAGACUUCAUUGAACAUCACACAGAAGGGCUAAUGUUGGAAGCCGAAACUUACUGUGCAUUGAUGAAAACCAUCCAACGUGAUUGUCGGCUUCCCCAGCAGUAUUGCUAUCCAAAUCUGCUGACUGUGCAAAACCAGAAAAACAACGCGGCAAUUAUUUCGUUUGCCACGUACCCGAUUCCUGGAGCUGCCUCAAAAGACUGCAGCAUUGGAAAUGAACCCAAAUCCAUGGGAAGCACUAUUUUAAUAGUCAAUUAUUUACCCGUCGAACUCUCGCGAGAGGGACUUCGUAGAAUGUUCUUGCCAUUUGGUGCUUUCGUCCGUUGCCGCAUAAUCCUCCAACAUUGCCGAUGGGACGGCGACCAAAGAGUUCUUGGUGGAAGUGUGGGCUAUGGUUUUGUCAACUUGGCGUUUUCAUCUGAUGCGCAGAGGGCCGUGUGCGUCUUGAAUGGCUCCAAGCUCCUGGGAAAAACCCUCAAGCGCACAACAACAACCAGUCGCGAGUGCUCGGGCACAAAUGCUGACAAGAAUAGAGAGACACACAGAGUUAAAGAACCGCGGUCAGCUUUGCUGACUGAGGAAACAAUACACACACACAUGUUCCAGAAUGAGGACAGCGAUGCUUCUAUUGCUGGCCUCGAAACUCAAGCGAAUACAAAGGCA